AUGUCCUACGAUCAGUACAAUCAGAACCCUUACCAGCAGGGCUCAGCUCAGGAUAACUCCUAUGGCUAUGGCCAGGCCAAUCCAUAUGCGCAAGACGCGCCAGCCCAUGGCAAUGACCAAUAUGAAAUGCAGGAUUAUUCGCAACAGGCUACGGCUACUAGCUCAAGUCUUUCUCAGCAAGAAUUCCUGAACCGCGUGCAGAAACUCCGCGAUGAGAUCAAGGGUCUGACUAACGACGUCGACUACAUCGGCCAACUCCACCAACGCACCCUCAGCAGUACCGAUGGGUCCGCCAACCACGACCUCGAGCAGUAUGUUUCUCAGACCCAGAUCCGAAACACCGCUAUCAAGGACGGCAUCAAGGGACUCGAGCGCGAUCUUGCAAAGACCAAUGACAGCUCCCGUACCACAAAGAACACCCAGUUGCAGUCCCUCAAGACCUUCUUCAAGUCAGAGCUCGACAAAUACCAGAGCAUCGAACGAGAUUAUCAGCAGCGCUAUCGCGAUCAGAUUGCCCGUCAGUACCGUAUCGUCAACCCCGAUGCUUCCGAGCAAGAGGUUCAAGAAGCCGCCAACGCUGAUUGGGGCAACGAGGGUGUGUUCCAGACUGCUUUACGAACAAAUCGUACUGGGCAUGCCAGCUCCGUACUCGGUAAUGUUCGCGCCCGCCACAGUGAGCUUCAGCGCAUUGAGCAGACUCUUUCCGAGCUUGCCAUUCUCUACCAGGAGCUCGCCACCAUUGUCGAGCAGCAAGAGCCAGUUAUCCAGGCCGCUGAAACCAAUGCGAUCAACACCGUCGAUCACAUGGAGAAGGGCAACGAGCAAGUUGAGGUGGCCAAGAAGCACGCCGCCAACCGCCGCAAGCUCAAGUGGUGGUGUGCCCUCGUCGUCCUGCUCAUCGUCAUCGCUAUUGCUGUGGGCGUCGGUGUUGGUGUCACUGUAGCCAACAACAACAAGUAG